GGUGGGUAUAUAAUAAGUUAUUGUAGAAAUCGUGUUGCUUCGGUAACAUAAAACAAAUUACUUAUCAAAAAAUUUCGGUCGCAAUUUUCCAAAUUUCAGUUUACUUUUAAUUUUUUUUAAUAAUAAUAAUAAUUCACCGUUCGAAAAAUGGGUGGUAAAUGCCAAGAUUGUCCAGUAGCACCGAAACCUCCAUGUCCGCCGUGCUGUAACCAAUUCUGUUUGCCCACGGUGGUCCUGCCCUACUUGUUGCCGCCCAGCUGCCCUAACGUGUUUGUGCCCUGCAUUUAUCCUUCGGGUCCUUGCGGACCCUGCGGAAUGUGUCCUUGUCAGGUAUAAUCAGUUUGUGUCGAUCAAGAAAUUACGAAGAAAAGUCAACUUAUUUGAUAUAUCGUAUGUACCUAUAGAGGGGUAAAAUGUACUUUUGAUGGAAAAUAA